AUGGACAAACCUCGUUGGGCCCCACGUGCAUCGGAUGUCAGCAAGACGGUUGACCCUGUCAAGAUUGCAGAGAAGCUUCUAGAUCUACCUGUGACCCUUCCAGUCCGGGAGAUUGCAGGAUGCUCUCGUGAGGUCGCCAGCAGCCUGAUCGACAUGCUCAAGCUCAAGAAGGUCGACACAGUCCCAGUCGCAUCAAUCCUCCCAACGACAAACCUGAUCACGUCACGCACGGGUUCCCUGAUCCGCCUUCAAAUGGAGUGCAACUUCAUGCCAGUCACGUUCAUUGUCGACACGGGGUCUCAGCUCAACAUUAUCAGCGAGGCAGUCUGCAAGAACAUAGUCCGCAGGCCAAUCAACUUG